AUGAGUAACAAUAAUAAUAAUAAUAACAAUAAUGAUAAUAAUAUGCAUUAUGGUGGAGAGGUUUAUUUAGAGAAUAACGGUACUAGUAAUGGUAAUCGAAAAGAUGAAGAUAUGAUAUCAAAGAUUGAUAGUCUAGAGGAAAAGGAACGAUUGAUUAAACAAAAGUUAGCUAGUCUAAACUUGAACACUGAUAUCAAUCAUCCACCAAAGUAUGAAAUACCUUUUAUGGGUAUGGGUGGAUCACCUAUUCAAAGUAGUAAUGACGUAUCAAAUAUAACAACAGACAAUAUUCAUCAUAGUAAUAAUAAUAAUAAUCAUAUAAAAAAUAGUAAUAGUAAUAGUAAUAGUAACGGUAAUGGAAACAAUACCAUUCAACAUAGUAAUGGUAGUCCUACUAUAAGUAAAUCAGGUAAUAUGUUAAGUCAGAGUAUGGGUAGUAAUAGUAGUGGUGGUAGUAUGAGUAGUACAGAGAAAAAAGCAAGAAGAUUUUCAUUGUAUGUCUAUCAACAUCCAACCGACGAACAGAAACAACACAUCUCUGAAUUGUAUGGCUACAAAGGACAUCACGAUCACGAUGACAUGGGUUAUUCCUAUGCUCACGAUUCAAAUGUAGAGUCUCUUGACGAGACUUCAUCAUCAUCUGAUGCUUCUUUUUAUAAAUCUCGUCAAAGACCAAGAACUUCUUCUUCUUCUUCUUCUUCUUUGAAACAACAAAGUCAACAAAGUCAACAAGUACCUCCAGCACAACAUCAAACAUCUUAUCCAUCAUUACUUGAACAACAACAAUCACCUUCAAUGGAAUCGUUAACAUCUGCAUCAUCACUUGAUAACAUCAAACAUAUACCAACCGCAAAUAUAUCAUCACCAACCAAUUCUCCUCAACUCGAUUCAUCAACUUCAUCAAGUAAUAAUUAUUUCUAUGGAGUACCAACAAAUAAAGAUAGUAAUAAUAAUAAUAAUAAUAAUCAUAAACCACCAUUUAUAACACAAUCACAACCAAUUAUAUCAAUGACUGCACCUUCAACAAUAGAUGAUGUGGUUGGUCCAUCUACACCACAACCAGCACCACAUAAAACACCUGUAUUGGCAUUUCCUCAUACCAUUACACCUUAUACGCUGCCAUCGAUAGAGACUGGCGAAAUGAACAAAGUAAGAGCUUUGGAACCACCCGAUAGAAAUCAUCUACCACAGUCCUACUUGUCGGCUGUCAAAUCAUCCUAUGUCGAUGCUCAAGCAUCGUCAACAACACCACCCUACCCAAGAGUAGGUGCCGGCUACAUGGCAGACGAAUACGAUGAAAAGGCUGCCAUCCUAAAACCAGUACAAAAGGUACUGUCCACCGCCAAAGAUUGGAAUGCAGAGUUUCAAACAUUGGUCAAUAACAACAAAAUGGAAGGAUACAGAGAGAUUAGUAAAUUGGCACACGAUUUUGUAUACACUGCCAAAAUCUAUGGAAAGGUUAUCAUCUCUGAACUUACUCUACCUCUUCACCUCAAAACUAUUAAACCAAUCAAUAUUGGUGGUGUUGCCGGUGGUCAUAAAUAUAUUUCUUGUGGUAUCUUAUUUAAAUUGGCAUUAGAUUCACAAGGAUUAUAUGCAGGUGAUAAGAAUGCAAUGAAAGCAGCAGGUCAUGAAUUAAAGGGAUUGAUGAGUUAUUACAAUGCUAGAGUAGAGGAUUUACAUCAUCCAUUGAUGGCAUUGAUCGACUAUAGAGGUUAUCGUUUGGUUGCCAUGUCAUUGUUACCAAUCAAUUCAGAGACUAUUGUCUAUGGUAGCAGUGAUGGUGGUAUAACAGUUCACAGCGAAGAUCCUGGAUUCAACGAAAAAAUGAAACAAUCAGCACAAGCUCUCAAUCUUAAAGGUCAUCUUGUUGGAAAAGAUUCUCCAAGAUUAUUACAUUCUUGUGGUGAUAUUGAAGGUCAUAUUGGUUCAGAUGGUUUACAUUAUCUUUUAGAUUUUGCAAGAGUUUAUCCUCCAAUUGUUAAAAUUAAUGAUAAUACUCCUCCUUCUCAUUUAUAUGAAUUAAUUAGACCUGAAUUAGUAAAAUCAAAUAAAAAUCCAUUAUCAUCAGAUGCGUUAACCGGUUGGGGUAAAUUUGAUCCAAAUUCUACAGAACAUAAUUAUGAAGUAAAAGAAGCAUCAUAUAGAUUAUUUUUACAAGUUAUACCAAAAUUUGUUUAUCAUUUAGAUCACAUGGAUUCAAUGGAAAAAAGAGAAUUACAUCUUACACAAGAAUUACAUAGAAUGGGAAUUAAUUGUAGAUAUUUGGGACUUGCUAGAAGAUUGUUUACAUGUAAUUCACUUCGAAAGAUCAUUUUGGGUGAAAUUUUAGCAAGAACAAUGCGUAGUGAAAUCAUGUCACUAUUUAGAGGCAAAAUGAAAACAGCAGAUACUCCUUCUGAAGAACCAUUUAAAGAGGUGGUUGUUCAUUACUUUAAUACUAUUUUUACAUAUGAACAAACUCCAAAAGGAAAAAUCUGGCCUGAUUCUAUAAAGGAAUCGAUUAGAAAGAAAUUUGUUGGAACUUUUCAAAUUAUUCCAAAAUCAAGAGAGAUUAUUACAUUUGAACAAAUUCACAAUAAGAAAUUUGAUGAAGAUAUGUUGAAAAAGUACAUUAGAGGUGUAGAUAUCAAAGAGGAAGAAGAAUUUUUUGUUGACCUCGUCGAUAUUCAAUGGGUAAUGAAGAGAUUUAGUCAACUUACGGGUGUAGCUUUGACUAAAAGAGCAUCUUCGGAAUUGAUGAAAAACGAUGGUAUUCGUUUGGUACAAUCCGAUGUUAAACGUAUGAAGGCCAAGGUAAAGGCUCAUCAUCUUGUCGAGUUUGCCGAAGGUAUGGUACUGUGGGAUGAAGCCAAACAAGAACAAACACGUGAAAAGGACACUCAACAAUGUCAUUGUCCAACCGAUGUUGACACUUCAAGAAUCGCCGAACGUUUGAUGAGUUUGGCCGAUGAUCAUUUUAGAAGUGCUCUCUCUGUAUCUCCUCACAGUGGUGAGGUAUCUGCCAAUUGGGCACUCAUGUUGGUCGAACGUGCAAGAAUGUCUCGUCUAUGUAGUCCGGAUAUGGCUGAUCUUCAUUAUGACGCUGCCGAAGACAAGUUACGUGCUAGUGUUUGUGAUGGUGGACGUCCCAAGAUUACACUCGACAAUGUUUUACUCGAGUAUGCCGAAUUUCUUUGCAUCAAUGGUACACACAACAAUAUUGAAUUGGAUAUGAACGAAGCAAAUGGAUUGCGUAGCAAAGUAUUCUCUCGAGCAAGUAAAAAGAUCAUCGAAGCCAUCAAGAUUAAUCCCUCCAAAUUCCCAGUUGUACUCCAAAAAUCACAAUUUAUUGAAAAGGGAUUCCAUACUUCUCAAAGUUUCAAAGAGUCGGCUGCCUAUUAUGCCGGUGCAUCGACAGUACUCAACUGUUUGAUUCAGUCGUUUGAAAAGUUACCAGAAUCACACCACCGCGAAAUUGCCGAAGCAAUCACUCAAAAUCUCUCACCCUUUGAGUUGCUCAUGCAAGAAAAGGAAGCAUCAGAGUCACCAGAUCUUAUUCAUCGUUCAGUCUAUGACAAUGUAUCACACAAGAGCUUUGUAUCAAAGAAAAAAGACGAAAACGAAAUACAAAAGCUUCUAGACUCUGAUCCAAUGUCAAUCAUUCGUAUUGAAAUGGGAUGUGCCUAUAUUCGUUAUGGAUAUCUAUCACAUGUCUAUGGUAUCAUGUGUUCAAAGAGACCACACACCAAAAUGGCCUCUAUCAAAUUACUCAAAAAGGCUGGAAGUCUCUUUCAAAAGGGUAUCGACCUCGACCCAUACAACCGUGACAUUAUUAUCAACCACAUUAAAAAGUUUACAUCGUCGUCACAGUUUGUCGAAUUUUACCAAUCUGCUAUUGGAUGUCCAUCGAUUUUGGACUUUGUCGAGGAUCGUCUCUUGAGAAUUGCACACAUGUCACUCAAGGACUGCAGUCAUUUGCCAAUCGAGUUUAUCGAAGGUAUCAUUGAAUACAGUCCACGUGUAAAGAUGUUGGUGUUGGAUGGAUGCAAGCAAAUCACAGACAGCACUGUCGAACUGAUCGUCCGAAAGCUUCUACAUCUCGAGACACUCAGUCUUGUCUCUUGUACAAAUAAAUGUAAUAUAUCCGACCAUUCAGCAGUCGCACUCAUUCAACAAUCGCCCAAGUUGGCUAUCAUUGAUUUUUCGGGCUGUCACCAAAUCGGUGAUGCCACUGUCCACGCCAUCGCCAACAACUGUCUCUUGCUCAAAGAGUUGUCAAUGAACAAAUGUCGCAACGUUACAUCGUCGGCCAUUGACAAGCUCUUUAGAAACCUCCACGACAUUAGACUCAUCAGUCUUGCACAAUCUAUUGCCUCUGCCUCUGACAAUACACUCCGUCUCAUUGGCAAGUAUUGUCCCGACCUACAGUACGCCAACUUUACACACAAUCCAAUCAUAUCGGACCAAGGUAUCACUGCAAUGACCAAGUUUACAAACUCGCUCUUGGAACUUGACAUUUCCUACUGUAGUUCAAUCAGCGAUGUUGGUAUUGCCUAUAUCGCACAACAUUGCUCGAAAUUGAGAAUCUUUAGAAUGGCUAAUCUCAACAACGUCACCUCGCUCAAGCCAAUCGGUCGCGGUUGUCAAGAGUUGGUCGAACUCGAUAUCUCUGGCUGCCACAAGAUAUCGUCAGACUUGGGAUGUAUCACCAAAGGAUGUACCAAGCUUACUAAUUUCCGUUUACGUCGUUGUUAUGGUCUCCAAGACGUUACCAUGUUGUCAGAGGAUGGUGAAAUUCAUUCAAUGCCCAAACUCACCCAACUCGAUUGGAGUUAUGGAAACAUUGAAUUUCAAACCAUACACUCGAUCACACAUUCCUGUAAACAACUUACCUCUCUCAACAUUGCAUUUUGCAAGAACCUUACCGACACUUCAAUCGAACGUAUUGCAUCAUCACUCACCAGUCUCAAGAAACUAAAGAUUGAUGCAGUCGUCAAUAUCACUGACGAAGGUAUCAAAGCACUGUCUGAAGGUGCCAUCUAUUCGACUUUGGAAGUUCUCUCUUUGGUUGGAUGCAGAAAGAUUAGCGAUGUCUCUGCUCACCACAUUCUCCGUUUCCAAAACCUCCGCAAGAUAUCUAUCGGUGGUUGUCUGAUGACUACUGCUGGUGCCAAUCUCAUUGCAUCGGAAUCCUUUGAAUUGGUCAAGAUCCAUGUACGACAAUGUCUCAACAUCAACCCAGUACAACUACAAGAAAAACAUCCUCAUAUUUUAAUUGAUACCUCUCAAAAAGAUACUAUUUAUUAUGCCGAAUAA